UGACUUUAAAUACAUUCUGUUCUGUGAAAACAAUGAAUGCCAUCAACUUUGGCUUCAAUACAUUUGACAUGUAUAUUAAUUUGGUGUCAUGAACCGACAGUGUCAGUGACAUUACAAAUAAAGGAUUAUCGAACGAAAUAAAAGUUUCGUAAAUAUGGCUAAUGAUCGAGAUUUGGAAAUGGCUUGGAGCGAUUCCAUAUUUCCCCUCAAGGAUUUUAUUGAAUUGUAUCGACUUCCUCAAAUGGUUCAGGUUUGCGAUGGUUGGUAUGGCGAGGCUGAGGAAGCCAUAGAGGUAUCACAAGGUGACGUACUUCUACUCCAUACCUAUAAAGAAACUUCUUGUUUUGUGGCCUCGACUGAAUAUGGUAAAAAAGUAAAUAUUCCUUUGAACUUAACAAAGAAAGUUUAUGUAUAUUACGAGAAGUCAUUAAAGGAUGUCAAGUCCAAGAACAUAUCACCCGAACGUCUUCGCGAUGUAUUUCCUCAUAAAUACUCAAGUGUUCGCCUUCAAUGCGAUCUUAAAACUGUCUGGAUAAGAAAGAUAUUUAUCAAGCUGGCGAUACUUUACAGGUUGUAAAAUUUGACGUCUCGCGGAAGCAGUUAGUUUGCUUGAAUAAGAAGAAUUUCUACGUCAAUUUCAAGAUGAGCAAAAUUUGCCAUUUAAUGGUAACAGAUGCCACUAUCGAUCCCAUUUUACUCGCUGAUGUACCUAAACAAUUCAAAUUACCCCUAACGGUACGGUUUGUGCAACACGAUAAGUUGCCAGGUUUGAUUCAUUUGAAAGAAAUUGUUACCACGAAAAUUGUAGUUGCAACUUUGGGAAACGAAGAAUACCAAUCACUGCUGACAUUUCCAUCAACUCUGGAUAUUACAAUGAGCCCUCCUGCGAAAGAGACCAUGCUUCAUCCUGAGUACUGCGAGUUCGUUAAUGGAAUUAACAAAGGAAUUCACAUGGAAGGCGUUGAUGAGGAACUCAAGGGCUGUGAGAUGUACGAGACUGUCGAAGAGUUAAACAUUAAGGCCGUUCCAUAUUCUGUAUUCAAUUUUAAAAAGCUAAAUAUUGAAACAGACAACAUCGAUGAUAAUGAUUAUGAAGUAAUACCUGAUGACACUUUGCGUCCUAUCAAUAAAAAAAAACUCUCUGAUGUACCUCAUGGAUCUUGGCGAUCAAAAGAUUCUCAGAUAGAAAACAAUAAAACUUACCCUGAAGUACCUUAUAAGUCUUGGCCAUCAAACGAUUCCUUCAAAGGAAACGAUAAUGCAAAUAAAACUUACCCUGAAGUACCUCAUAAAUCUUGGCAAUCAAAGGAUUCCUACAAAGGAAACGAUGAUGCAAAUGAAAUUUACGCUGAAGUACCUCAUAAAUCUUGGCAAUCAAAGGAUUCCUACAAAGGAAACGAUGAUGCAAAUGAAACGUACCCUGAAGUACCUCAUAAAUCUUUGCAACCAAAGGAUUCCUACAAAGGAAACGAUGAUGCAAAUGAAACUUACCCUGAAAUACCUCAUAAAUCUUGGCCAUCAAAAGAUUCCUACAAAGGAAACGAUGAUGCAAAUGAAAUUUACACUGAAGUACCUCAUAAAUCUUGGCAAUCAAAGGAUUUCUACAAAGGAAACGAUGAUGCAAUUGAAACGUACCCUGAAGUACCUCAUAAAUCUUGGCAAUCAAAGGAUUCCUACAAAGGAAACGAUGAUGCAAAUGAAACUUACCCUGAAGUACCUCAUAAAUCUUGGCAAUCAAAGCAUUCUUCCAAAGAUAUAGACGACACCCAUGACUAUGAAGAAAUGUCCAAUAAAACCUUGCCCCCGAUAUCCAAGAAACGAAAACCUCCCGAUAUUCCUCAUUAUCAUUCCCCUUGUCAAUCAAAGGAAACAGGCGAUUUCUAUAAUCAUGCACCGUCUGAAGGAAAGCAUGCAGCAAUGGAUAGAUCUACAUUGCAAGAUAAAGAUCGACAAUCACGCUCAAAAUUUCCAUCAUAUUCAGCCAAAAGACAUCAUGAAAAUAUCAUGAAGAAACUUAGAAAAGAAAUUGAAACGUUCUCGAGGAGACAAUCUGAGGAUGACGAGGAAAUGGAUUCUGAGGAGUACAUGAUACCAAAGGGGGAAAGGAGAACGAAGCCACUUGUCAAAAAAGUAGAAGACUUCACAGUCAACGAAAUCUGCAAUUUUUUAAAAGAUUUAAAUCUCUCGCAAUACUGCGACCGUUUUAGAAAAGAACAGGUCGACGGAAAGAUGCUUCGUGAUUUGGACGAGGAAACAUUGAAAUCCCACUUUAAAAUGAGCUCUUUUCACACACAGAAAUUAAAGAAGGCUGUGAACGAGAAUUGGAGACCUUCCGUCGGUGAAUAGAGGAGGAGACUGCAACACGCUAAAAGCAAUAAAAUGUGUUUGCAGCUGUAUUCACUCAAGAAUCUAACAAAUAUGUAAAAGUGUCUAGAAUUUUCAAGUUCAGGAAUGCUAACAAAAUUGGAGCUUUUAUCACUAGAUUGCUUCUUUUAUCACAAGCUUCUUGAUGCGCUGUUUGUUUUCAAGCAAGUCUUUCAUCGUAAUAAACCUACAUGUAGUUAAGGGCAUAGAUGAGUUUUCUGUAACUCAAACUGUAUGUAUUUGUAACUGUACAGUAUUUUGUAUAUUAAAAACGUUUACCGGGUAGAGAGAAACUAUUGACUUUAAA